AUGUCACAGAUCGGUUUAGAGUAUGCUCUGGGUCGUAAAUUAGCUUGCAAUACGGCUUGCAGCGCUGAUGGUGAUGCCGAAACCGCUGAUUUAGGCACUACAAAAAGCAGCGGUAAUGGAAACACUGGUAGUGCUGUUAUUGACGACGCUGAUGAGGAGGGCGUGUUGGUAUUUGGAUCCACCAAUGCCGUUAUCUUCAAUAACGGCAUGAUGUUGAAUAAUGUCGAACAGUAA